AACGCAGUGGCCAGGGGAGGUUGAAGAGCUCUAGCUAGGUUGGCGGUUGGACUGUUGAUGUAAACGGUAGGAGUACUUAAGCUGCCACCAAACUUCUCGCCUGCCAUUAAAGAUCAUGGAAGAUUCACGGAGCGAACAACAGCGGAUGUUACGACGCCACCAGCGCGAGAAGAAAGAGCUACAGGACCACAUUCAGCUCAUGAGGAGUUCGGUCCCCAAGAGCGACAAGAAGAAAAGAAAGCAGUUGCAUCUCGACGUGGCCCGCCUUGAGGCCGAGAUGGAGCAGAAGCACCAGCAGGAACUGGAGAAGUUUCUUGAUUCUGUCACUGAAGAUCUAGCCAAGAUGGAUCUUGAGAACCAGUCUCCACACCUCCUCAGGGCACGGAGAAAGCAAGAAAGAAGGGUUGCCCUCCUGAGGGCACGCCAGGGGAGGACUGCGGAGGUUAACAUGGAGUGUCUGGCCAGCUUCCGCCAAAGCGAGGCAGAGAAGCUCGGCGCCAUCCUGGAGGCCAAGCAUCUGGAGAUGAAGGAUAUGCCGACUGAUAGCCACUGCAUGUAUCGUGCCAUCCAAGAUCAGCUGGUGUUCUCCGUAACCGUGGAGAGCCUGCGGAGCCGCACUGCCAAGUACAUGCGGAAGCACAUCGAUGAUUUCUUGCCUUUCUUCAGCGACCCCGAAACCGGUGAUGCCUACAGCCGCAACCGCUUCUUUCGCUGCUGUGACAACAUCGUGUGCAGUGCAUCGUGGGGAGGCCAACUGGAGCUGAGGGCCCUGUCACACAUCCUGCAGACCCGCAUCGAAGUGAUGCAGGCCGACCCGCCAGCCAUCGUCAUUGGAGAGGAGUAUACCAGGAAGCCGCUGAUCCUGGUCUACGCGCACUACACCUGCAACUUCGGGGAGCACUGCAACUCCGCGAAGCCGCAGGAGGCCGGCGCCACUGGGGGCGCAGCCCCUCGUCUCUUCUAGACCGGCCUUCGUCAUCGCUGUGGCGGUUGCCACCGGAGCCGAAGCCGCCGCUACCGCGUCUCCUCAGUAGACUCUCUUUUCUUUUUUCCUUCGCUUUUCUUGUUUUUUUUCUUCGUUUUACUCAGAGCUCACCCCGCUUCUCUCUGCCCUCCACCCGCUACCUACCCACCUCGCUCUUCUAUCCCCUACCAUCUUCCCUGAGUUGCUUCUUAAGAGAUCUGUAUAGUCCUCCCUGAGGGGAGUGAGUUUGUCAAGUUUUCGCCACUUCUUGCCCUGAAGGGUCUCUUUCCCCACCCCCGUGAGAACCGGUCUUGUUACAAAUAACUUUGAGGUUCAAAAAAUGGCAACUUGGUUUGAUGCAUUCUUCACCUGGGGGGCGGGGGUGGGGCGAAAAUCAGUUUAGCUCAGAAUCUUCCCAUUGUCCUGUGAAUGUAUUAAUUACUUAAAGGAGCUGAUGUGAUCAAAAUGAUUUGUUUUGAGAAUGACUUUUGCUUAGUUCUUUGGGAAAAAAAUGUACUGUGCACUGUUAUAGAGGGUUGCUUUUCCCUUUACCUGGGCUACUCAGGAGAUGUCUCAAGUUACAAACAAGACCUCCUCUAGUAUUUUGCUUUGUUUUUUCAUAAAACCUUGCGUGGUUGCAAAUUAAUUGUA